UGGUGCACAAGGGAGCUGUGGAAGCGGUCGCGUAACAAGCUGCUGCGGAUACCGAGAUGCUGCAGCAGCACUCGCCGCGGCGGGUCUGGCCUGACAUGGCAUUCUGGAGCCGCAGUAGCAGCACGGGCCGGUUAACGUUGGCACUGGCGUUCCAGAUGGUAGACUAUGCAACGUCCCUGAACGCCUGGGAAUCCUGUGCAGGCCGCGACUCACCACCACAAUCAUUGCAUCUCCACGGCCGGACUGUCUCUAUCCGCUCUGACUUUGACGCCACACGCUCUACGCGACCGCGCCCCGUCCCACUGGCGACGCGACCCCGCUCGACCAGCCUUCACCGUUCCCCGCCGUUUGAUGUCUGCGCGCAACAGCUCAUGAGGAAAGAGGAGGCGCCCGUUUGUACAUCGACAUGCGACGCGGUUGGGAGGCGUAUGGUUAAGGCCCGCUCAUGACGCCACCCGUGCGCUCCGUCAACGCUCCGGCCGAAGGCGACCAGGGCCCUCUGCUUGCGCCCGCGCGCAGUAGAGAUGGGCGUUCGCUGCCCGCCCCCGCCAGCAGCAUCAUGGCCGGCUCGCGGUCCCAGGCUUCCUACGCGACCGCGCGAGAAGCACCCGGGAGCUUCAGCUCGCAGCUGCGGCCCGCGACAUCGCACGACGGCCGACUGAAGCCCGACUUCGAUACGCACGCCAUUAUCGUGGGCGACAACAAUGACACCACCACCGAACAGCGCCAGGCUGAGUUCCAAGACCAGAUCGAGAAGGAGACCAAGAUCAAGAUCGGCUCCGAGAACCUGCUCGAGGCCUUGAACGCGAAAAAUGCGAAAAACACCAGAGACCAGAGGUUGCAGGUCGAGGAGCAGCUCAACAUCUCAAACAGGAAGCUCGCGCAGCUGAAGUCUGGACUGGCGGCCGAAAUACAAAGAGCGAAGGAGAUCAAGUCGCCGCCCGCCGAGGCCCAGAGCAGGCUCUCCUACCUGUUUCGUCGCAACUUAUCCCGGUCGCCUUCGCGUCACAUCGCAAAGCAAGAGGAUGACGAAGAUGAUGAGACCGAGUCGCCUACCUUUGUGCUCGCAGAGAUACUCCGGGCAUUGGAGGUUGUUGGGAUGCAGCCCGAGUACUACGUGGAAAGGGCAAAUUCUCUCGUAGACUUGUUCAAAAGGCAUUCCACACUCAAGUACGAAUUGGCAUGGUCGAUCUUCGGCCUGAGGAUGCAGACUAUGUUGCUCAGUGACAGCCGCGAAGUGGUCGCCGCUGCUUAUCGAAUCAUGCGCUAUACCUUCACUGAUCGCAAAUCGCUGCAGAUAAUCCGAGCCCUCCACACCGACUACCUCGUCAUUUUGUCCCUGGUCAAAGAAAGUAAGGCCAGUGUGGAACGAGAACAAGCGCUCAAAUUCGUUCGUGCCUUCCUGGACGUCAAAGGUGGCGUCGAGGAGAUAUCACGUUCUGUCGUUCGCAUUAUCGUUGCUGUAGCCGAGCACACCGACGAUCGACUGAGAAACAUCGCGAUCCUUACCUUGGCUGAGAUUCUUGUGAAGAAACCAGCUCUCCUGGUGGAGUCUGGUGGAAUGGGGACGUUGACGGAUGCGCUUGGAGAAGGGAAUUACUACGCCGCAGAGAGUGUGGGGAGUGCUUUUGUUUAUCUCUUGGAUACACCUCAAAGGCGGCGCUUCCUUCGAUCUGGAUAUGAGCUCGAGGCACCUUUUGCCAUGUUCACGGAUGCUGGGACUGCGCAUAGCCACUUGCACGAGGAAAAGCUCAAAGCAAAUGCCAAGGUCAUUGCAUCGCUGCUGCGAAGCUGGUCUGGAUUUCUAUCGCUCUGCAUGAACGACUUUCUAGCCAUCCGAUCACUACUUAUAUCGCUCGAGAUCCCGACACCCCAUGUGCGCAACGUCUUAUUGGAACUGUUGUUCGACAUCCUCAGAAUUAAGCCUCCUUCGUGGUCCACGUCCUUCCUUGCUGGUCGUCGAUUGACCACUUACGGGCGUGUAACGAACUUGAGAAACCAAGCGAUCCAGGACGACUCGGGCCCCAGCACGGACCCUACGAACAAGUGGAAUUUAUUAGAGCACUAUGUCGCAAUGGUUUUGGCUGCAUUUCUCCACGCUGGUUUGGUCCCGGCACUUCUCAAAGCUGAAGAAGAUCCUUUGAGUCUUCCUCUUAAACGAAAGACCACGCUCCUUCUUGGCGAGGUGCUCAAGAUGGCAAACGAGCUUUUGCCGCCAUCUUGGAGUUCAGAGCUGCAAGUGCUUCCGCAGCUACUCCGAUCUGCCGCAAAGUUCGACACCGAGGCGCGCUUUGUCGCGAUUGGCACCAUCUACCAAGUGGACAGCGUCAAUAGGACUUUAUAUCGGUCAGGGACUGUGUCGAAUCAGCCCAGUAAAGGCACCACAGCAGUUGACAGUGCUGCUUCUGCAAGACAAACCGAUCAGUCCAAGGCUCAAGCUGCCAUGCAGAUGGAUGAGACAACUUUCCGGGCUAUGAUGGUGGACACACAAGUUCUAGGCACUGUCACAUUCCAGAAGUGGAGGUGGGACCUAAUUCAAAACAUUAUCGACGGCCCGCUCCUCAACGCUAAGCGCUUAGACGAAGCUACGAAGGUGACGAAGUUUGUCCAUCGCUUGCUUGGCUUCUAUCGUCCAUUCAAAUACCGGUUCUCUGAAGUCAAGAACACAAAACCGAACCAGCGAUAUGUCCGUGCCGGGUGUGCCCUGAUGCGAACACUGUUGCAAAAUCCCGAUGGCGUGCGAUAUUUGAGUGACAGCAAAUUCAUUCGGCAACUCGCGGAAUGUCUAUCUCAUUUUGAUAGGAUGAGCGGACUGACAUCUGAAUCGCCCAUGUUCCAGGAAGACAGGAUGAAUGAAACCCUCACUGGCGGCUACUUCGCACUGCUUGGUGCACUAACAAAAGAUCCCAAGGGUAUCCAGAUUCUGGAACGCUGGAGAGUUCUGAACAUGUUCUACCACAUCAUAGAACUGAAUGACCGUGACGAUCUCAUCAAAACCUUACUGAGCAACAUGGACUACACUCUGGACGGACAUCUACGCAUCAUCAUAUCCAAAGCCAUGACGUCCGGUUCCAAGGAGGUCCGUAUCUUCGCGACUCGACUCCUACGAAAGUACGCCACGCGACCCAUGCAGCCGACGGAUUCCUCGAGUGUCGCGGAGUGGGCCAUCAAAUCGCUGGUCACGCAGCUGUACGACCCUGAUGUUGAAGUAUGCGAGGUUGCCAUCAAGAUUCUAGAAGAAGCAUGCAACCAAACAGAGUCGCUGGAAUACGUUGUAAAGUGUCGUCCAGCGUUAGAUCACCUGGGUGAAAUCGGCGCGCCGCUAUUGCUUCGUUUCCUCUCCACGUCGGUAGGGUACCACUAUCUGGACGGCUUGAACUACAUCACCGGGGAGAUGGACGACUGGUUUCUAGGGAGGAAUGACACCUACGUGGCAUUGAUCGAGGCAUCCAUGGCGCGGGCGCUUGCUGACAUUCCCGAAAAGCCCCAGACACAGCUGUCCUACGAUGACACCCCUGAACACCAGGAGUAUGGCAUCGUGCCGCCCCACUUUUACCGCGAACUUACCCGGACUAAAGAAGGGUGUAAGCUACUGAAACAGAAAGGCCACUUUGACGAGUUCGUCGCCAACAUACGUGACUUUGCAAUGGAAAAGGACGAUGCCGAAAUGAUACUGAAAGUCAAAGGCUGCUUAUGGGCUGUCGGGAAUGUUGGCUCAAUGGAGCUCGGCGCACCGUUUCUUGAGAGCUCAGAUGUCGUCAAGUGGAUUGUGAAGAUAGCAGAGAUGUCCGAAGUCAUGUCGCUCAGAGGUACAGCUUUCUACGUGCUCGGACUGAUUUCCAGAAGCCUGCACGGGCAAGAAAUCCUGCUGGAAUAUGGCUGGGAUGGUGUCGUCAAUGAGGCCGGCGAGGCCCUGGGGUUCUGUCUGCCCCUGGAUUUUAAGAAGAUGUUCUUGAUGACGCCAUGGAAAGCCAAAUCGGACUACAUGAGCUGGAAGCGCAAGGCGGAUGUAAAGGUUGCUGUGUCUGACAGCGAUCCUCUGAAUGCACGCAUCCUGAAGCUUGUGACCGACCUUGGUAAUACAGUGCUAGCCAAGAAGGCAGCAAACGACCUUCAAGCGAUCAAGGCAAAAAGAGCACCUGGCUUCACGAAGCCGGCAAUCUUUCACAAGGUCAUGCAAAUUCUUGAAGCACACCACUUCCGUCUCCCGGCAUGCCGAUUUGUUUUAGAUCUGUUCGACAAAUCUGUACUUCCUCAGAUAGUGCUGGAAGAGGAAGACCAAAGCGAUGAGAGCACCGACUCGGAUUCGGCUUCAGAAGCCGCUGGCGCGAACGGGGUCACCCAGAUUCCAUGAAGUGGUGAUACCAAGAGAGUAAGUACGACCACAGCUAUGUGUUCGGCAGGAAGGGUGGGGGCUUGGCGGCGUUCAGGACUGUAACAAGCGUGUUCUUUGUACACUAUUUUUCGCUAGGGUUCAGCGUUCCGAGGCGAUCAACGGGGAUGUUUCGCGUAUGGAGUUUAGGUGGCUCCGCUGUUAGUAUGGGCGGCAUCAAGGGGCCAACGCUUUGGGGCAUCAUUUAGCGACAAGAAGUAUUAUCGCGACGAGCGGAAUCGAACCACUGGGCCGC